AUGGCCGACUUCAACGACACCCUCGGCCUCGACUUGUUCUUCUGCCACGACACCGACGACGUGAAGCACGCCUUCCUGUCUGUCGUUGACUACGGCACGACCUACCACGUUGCCAUCAAGGUCGACGGGCAAUCCGCCGAGGAUAUCGAGGCGAAGUUCAACGACAUGUGGCUGAUCCCACUCGGCCCUCCGAAGGCCGUGGUGAUCGACCUCGAAGGAGGACUACAAGGAGCCCUUGGCAGACUUUGCGAUUGGCACGGGAUCGGUGUCCGGAGUGUUGCAGCCCAAAGUCACUGGCAAGCUGGUGUUGUCGAAAGACAGCAAGCCUGGUGGAAGCACGUAUGGGACAAGGUAAGCUACCAGCUCAGCAUCACUGAGGAUGAGGUCGAGCUCGUCGUCCCCGUGAUCAAUGCCGCCAAGAACGACCUGAGAAGGCGAUGUGGAUACAGCCCUUCCCAGUGGGUCUUCGGCAAGGCCCCACGAGUUCCAGAGGACCUACAGGAUCCAGACGGCGGAGCUCAUGUUCUCUGGGAUGUCAGCGAGGACGCCAAGUACCAGAGGCAGUCGGCAAUGAGGGCAGCAGGGCGAGUGGCGUUUCACGCAAGCCAGACCGAUGGCCGGCUACGCAAGGCUCUGCUGCAGAGAACACGGGUGGCCUCUCGACCCCUCGACGUUGGAGAAAGUGUGCACUUCUGGCACAAGCCUAAGAACCGGAGAAGAGGAUGCUGGGCCGGACCGGCAGUUAUCGUCGGCAAGGAGGGUGGCAACUACUGGUUGUCAAAGGGAGGAAGAUGCAGACUCACUUCCGCCGAGCAUAUCCGCCCCACCACUGCCGAGGAGGUUGGGGCACUGCUCGCUAUGAAAGGGACGCAACGUGAAGUUGAGCGCCUACUUGAUCAAGACCCCGACGCCGACGAGGUCUACGAGGGCGAGGACGACAUGGACUACCUCGACGCGGUUCUUGAAGGCGAGAUGAGCUGGGACGAAGAUGAUGCUCCGGAACUUGCCGCCCCGGAGCCUGGUGACGACGACGAAGACAUCGUCUUGGAGCCGCUGCCGAACGCUGAGCACCGGCACCUACCUGGACCUAAAAAGACCGCGGCCGCCGACCUGAACCCGGACCGGCAUGAGGCGAUGAUGUUGAAGACACAGCUCACGACGAGGGGCCUCGAGAAGCGGAAGGAGAAAGAGCUCAAAUGGUCUGAGAUUCCCCCGGAGGUCCACGACAAGUUCCGCGAUGCAGAACGAGUUCAAUGGGAGGAGCACCUUUCCUUCGAUGCCCUUGAGCCCCUCAGCACCGAGGAGAGCGAGAGAGUCCGUCGAGAAGUUCCGGCGGACCGUAUCCUACGAUGUAGAUGGGCCUACAAAGACAAAAAUUGGUCUCGGCGACGUGAAGGCGAAGACCUACCAUGGAAGUGCAAGUCGAGAUUGGUGAUAGCCGGCCACACCGACCCCGACUUGGGCAACGAGGACAUGAAGCUGAGCACUGACGCGCCCACCUUGUCGAGGAGUGGACUUACGUGUCUGCUGCAGCGAACUGCAGACGGACUACAGGAAAGAGACCCCUGGACUUUGGCAGCCGGAGACAUUCGAUGUGCGUUUCUCACCGGCAGCUACCUGGACCGCGAGUUGUACAUGCACCAGCCGAAGACCGGAUUCCCCGGAAUGGUUCCAGGACAGCGGGUGAGGAUCAAAAAGAAUGUCUUCGGGCUUGCUACGAGUCCUCACACUUGGUGGCAGGACCUCCAGGCUGGGAUCUUCGACAUCGAGCCUGAGUUGCCCUACCUCGACGGGAAGGCCACAUACAAGUUCGACCAGUCCCCGAUGGACCCGUGCAUCUUCAUGCUCCGCCGUUGGGAAAACGACGGCUUCCACGGCGAACCUGUGGCAUACCUGGGAUGCCACGUCGACGACCUGCUUAUCGCCGCACCUCGGCGACUACAAGAACUGGUGCAGCAAGCGCUGGCGAAGAAGUUCGAGAUACAAACCUGGGAGGUCGACAAGUUCGAGUUCCUAGGCUCCCAGAUCUCCGUCGAGGACGAUAAGGUGACUAUGACACAGGAGAAGUACGCAGAGACCCGGCUCUUCACCCUCGAGAUACCUGUUGGGCUAGACGAAGGUGAGCCAGCACCCCCGGACUUGGUGAGCGACAACCGAAGUCUGAUUGGUGCCCUCUCAUGGAUGAGUGCACAGACUCGUCCGGACUUGAACUGUGCCGUCAGUAUGGCGCAGCAGUUGCAAAAGUCACCGACGUGCGGCGACCUCAAGUUCACCAACGGCAUCGCCGCCAAGGCCUACCAGUUCAGGACACGUGGAUUGGAGUUCCGAGCAAUACCCGCCGGCAGGCUCAUGAUCAUCGUCUACCACGACGCGGCGUGGGCCAACGUACCGGAGCCAGACCCCGAGGAGAGCUACUACGUCCUGACCGAAGCCGAGAACGAGAUCGGAGUGCAGAGAGAAGGCCCAUACUCGGCGGGAGCACAGCGGAAGGCGAAAAAGGGGAACUCGAGAGUGGCUUCGCAGUUGGGGAUCCUCGUGACCUUUGCGGACCGCAUGGCACUGUCUGGGCAAGCGGGAGUCUGCAACGUGGCAGACUGGAGGUCACGAGCUGGACAAAGAGUGUGCCGAAGCACGUUCGGCGCGGAGACACAGGCCUGCGCGGAAGGACUCGAGACUGGGCAGUACCUUAGGUCGAUGUAUGAGUCACUGAUCAGAGGGAAGAUGGUGACGGUCGAGGCCGCUCAGCUCCCCAUCCUCUGCUUGAGCGACUGCCGGUCUUUGUAUGACCACCUCAACAGGCAAGGGGUCCCGAGAGUGCCAAGCGACAAGCGCCUGGCAGUGGACCUGGCAGCCCUACGUCAAGGACUGAAAGCCGAAAAGUGGGGCGAGAAUCUCCCCAUAGCCUGGAUUCCCGGCACCCUUCAAAGAGGGGACAUUUUGACGAAGCCACAGAACCCAUCCGAUUGGUGGGAAGCAAUGGCAACUUCACUUUUAUUGCCUCUUUCAAUCGGGCAAGAAGGGCCGCUGCAAGGGCACGAGACACAGGUCGAUGGAUUGACCAUGUGCAUUUGCACCUCCCAUGGUAUGGCUUAA